AUGGCGGCAGCCGCCCCCGACCACCAGCUCCAGUUGGGGGAGACGCCCCCGUUCCCCGCUUACCUGUCUGGCUUCCCCGAGGGCGCCUACCUGCCGCCCGGCGGCCCGGGCCCCCGCGCCCCGCUGCCGCCGGCCCCGGCCCCGCCGCCGGGCUUCCCGGGGGCUGGCGGGGUCCCUGGGGUCCCUGUCCCGCUCGCCUCCUCCUCCUCCUCCUCUUCCUCGUCGUCGUCGUCUUCCUCGCAGAGGCGGAAGCGCACGUCGUUCAGCCCGGAGCAGCUGCAGCUGUUGGAGCUCGUGUUCCGCCGCACCAUGUACCCCGACAUCAACCUGCGGGACCGGCUGGCCGCCCUCACACAGCUCCCCGAGUCCAGGAUCCAGGUCUGGUUCCAGAACAGACGUGCCAAAUCCCGGCGCCAGAAAGGAAAAUCCUGCAGCUACCCAGCUCUCCCGGAGCUUUUCCCUGGCCUCCCGGCUCCUGGAUCAGAAAUGAAAUGCUCAGGGCCCCAGCUUCCUCUGGAGGUGGAUGCACAAUGCUCCCCAGCCCCGAGCUCGCUGGGGCUGUCAGACCCAACCCCCCAAGAGCCAAGCUUUGGAAACUAUUCCCCUCUCUCUAUUGACGCCAGCGGCGGCAGCCCCAAGCUGGACUCCUGGGAGGAACACAUCUUAUCCACCUUCAGUAACUCCUGA